GUUUUCAAGAGAUAAGUUUUCAAAUUGUUUCCAUUUGAUAGCUUAGAGGUUGGCUCAGCUGUUUGGCGCGUUCGUCGUUGGUGGUGAGAGUUAAAAGGUCAAGGCCAAAACAGGUCUCUUGCAUUCUUGCAUUCGCCAUUCGCAUCUUUGCUGCUGUCGCAUCGCAUCAUAGCAUCGUUUCGUCUAUCGUCUCGUCUCGGCUGAGUAACUCAACACACAUCAACUUCACUCGUUUUUUAUGACGUUGUCGCUGGUGAAUGCAUAUUGAUAAUGCCAGUUCAUCUUGUUGCCCAGGAGUUGGGCACAAGGGCCCGGACUUAUUUUUACCACAUUGAAGAAGAUGGCUGGCAGUACCAUCUCAGCUAUGAAAGGGAUGCAUCAUCUUACUUCAAAUGUGUCCGAAAGAGCAAAGGUUGCUUGGGCCGUGCUACCUAUGACAGGGCUGAGGGGUUCCUGCACUCAUCCCCUCAUGACCAUGAUGCUGAUAUCCAUUAUCCAGACGAAAUGGCAAUGAGACGAAAUGUUCUGUCUCGUUGUGAGAAUAUGGAAUAUAUCACAUACCAAAACAUCAUUUUGGAAGAAGGCAGAAAGUUCCCUCCUGAAGUGCGAGCCAGGGUUACAUUUGCACGAAUGCGCACACCCAUGCGGAAUGCGCGCAUGCAGCGGUUCCCUCCACCACCAGCCACUCUUGAGGACUUGACUGCAGUUCUUAUGAACCCGCAGUACAGUGUUCUUACUAUGACACAUGAUGGUCUUGACAACAUCUAUGCUGGAUCG